CAGUCACUUACGACCACACACACUCCGCCCCACCCCAAAAUGGCGACACCUCUCCUCCAAUUAUCCCCUCUUCUCCUCCUCCCUCCCAAAAACCCUAAUUAUCUCAUCCCCAAAUCCCCACCGACUCUCCCCCUCCGCCGGAAAAGCAAGCGCUCGUCCGCCGUCGCCGCCGCCUAUAAGGUGGUGAUCGAGGAGGCGUCGGGGAAGACGACGGAGGUGGAAGUGGAGGAGGAUGAGACGAUCCUAUCGAAGGCUGUGGAGAUCGGGCUGGAUGUGCCGCACGACUGCAAGAUGGGCGUGUGCAUGACCUGCCCCGCCCGGCUCGUCGCCGGCGCCGUCGACCAGAGCGAGGGAAUGCUCAGCGACGACGUGGUGGAAAGAGGAUACGCUCUGCUCUGCUCCUCCUACCCCAAAUCCGACUGCCACAUCAAAAUUAUUCCCGAGGAGGAACUUCUCUCGCUCCAGCUGGCCACCGCCAACGAUUGAUUCAUUAUGUUAUACAUUUUCAAUUUCGAUUUUGAUUUUGUGUAUUAUUGCCUCAUCCAUUUCAUGGUAGAAAGAAAGAAAGAAAGAAAGAGAAAGGAAGGUACCACCGUUUGCAAAUAUAUCUUAUAUCCUACUUCGAUUUUGUUUACACAA